GUCAGGAGCCUGGAGUCGUGCGCCGGAGUCAGAACUGCGUCUCACGACCCAGGCGCCGGUUGCUGAAGGAAAGCGAGCGAGCGAUGCUGCCGUGGCCGCUUCCUGAUUGGCUGUGCGUUGAUCCCUCUUCGUUCUGAUUGGCAGCGGGUGAGCUAGAUGAUGCUGAGCAAAGGUCUGAAGCGCAAGCGGGAGGAGGAGGAGGAGGAGCCGGAGAAGGAAGCCUUGGCAGUCGACACCUGGUGGCUGGAUCCCAGGCUCCCAGCAGUGGCACAGGCACCCCCGGCUGUGCCCUCCAAUUCCCUCUUAGACCUCUCGGUGCUCAAGCUCCACCACAGCCUGCGGCAGAGUGAGCCGGACCUGCGGCACCUGGUGCUGCUAGUGAACACCCUACGGCGCAUCCAGGCAUCCGUGGAGCCCGAAGCUACCCUGCCCUCCGUGCCCAGCCCGCCUGAGGCCCCUGGCGUGGCGGCUGACAGCCUGCUGGCCAGCUCAGACGCUGCCCUCUCAGCCUCCAUGGCCAGCCUUCUGGAGGACCUCAGCCAUAUCGAGGGCCUGAGCCAGGCCCCCCAGCCCUUGGUGGACGAAGGGCCGCCGGGCCGCCCCAGUGGCGGGGCCCCACCCGGCCUGGGUGCCUUGGACCUGCUGGGCCCAGCCACUGGCUGUCUGCUGGACGAUGAGCUCGAGGGCCUGUUUGAGGACAUCGACACCUCUAUGUAUGACAGCGAACUUUGGGCACCAACGUCUGAGGGCCUCAAACCCGGCCCUGAGGAUGGGCCUGGCAAGGAGGAAGGUCUGGAGCUGGAUGAGGCCCAGCUAGACUACCUGCUGGACGUGUUGGUGGGCACACAGGCGCUGGAGCGGCCACCGGGGCCGGGGCGCUGACCCCCACAGCGGAGAUGGUGGUUUGGUGUCCAAACUGAGCCUGGUUGCUGGACUAACUGUCCUUGGAAAGACACAGCUAACUUCCCUAGAACGGAGAGAGGGGCUUUGGAGAGACAGAAUCCAUUCCUGAGCAACUUCACCUCUGUCCUCUUGUCUAGGGCUAAUGAGGGGAGUCUGGGACUGGCCCUUGGGAGGGGAUGACAGGGCCCGGUGGCUGGAAUGUGAUUUGGACCAGGCCCUGUGCUGGACUGAAUCGGCGGAGGUCGUUCCCGGGGAUACUUUUUCCGUGAUGUGGGACGAGACUGCACCAUUUUCUGGAAAUUAAAACCAGUCCUGGGUUA